AUGGCUCUGAUUUGCAUGCUGAUUUUGCAUCUCUACAUGAUACGUUCUGCUCAAACUGUGGAUCUUUCUGAGGCAUCAUUUGUCUCAGCUGAGUGUGGUGAACCUGUUACUCUACACUGCAAAUUUGUAGAAAAGUUUUCUCAAAAUAAUUGGGUUUGGUACAAACAAAGAUCAGGACAGGAACCUCAGGAAGUGGCAGUGAAGUUACCCUCUAGAGACCCCACUCUUUCAUCAGACUCAAAAAUCAGAUUCAAAAUAAACCAGCAUUUUUCUCUGACUAUUAAACAAACUACUAAAGAUGAUGAAGGAAUGUACUUCUGUGGAAAAGGAGACAGGAACACCAUUACGUUUACUAAUGGUGUAUUUUUAGCUGUGACAGGUCAACAUCAGUUAAACACAUCAGUGCAACAAACACCAGUACAGGGUUCAGUUUCUCCAGGAGAGUCAGUCACUCUGCAGUGCACAGUCCACUCUGAGAUAAGAGCAGCAGAUCUCCGAGUGCUCUGGUUCAGAGCUGCUGCAGGACAAUCCUUUCCUGAAAUCAUUUACACUCAUCAGAACAGCAGCAGCCGUCAGUGUGAGAUCAGCUCUUCUACAAACAGCUCUGUGUACAACUUCUCCAAGAACAUCCUCGAUCACAACCACACUGGAACUUAUUACUGUGCUGUGGCUGCUUGUGGGAAGAUCAUUGUUGGGAAUGGAACAUCAGUAGAACUGAAGAAAGCUCAGGAGGGGGCUAUGAGUGAGCGGACCACCAGACAGGAGCAGAACACUGAGAACCUGCAUUACGCUGCCAUCCACAUCAAAGAGAAGAAAGCCAAAGGUGGGAGAGUGAAGAGAGAACAGCCUGAAGACGUUGUUUACUCUCACGUGAGAAGCUCCAAAGCUGCUGCUCAGCGCUCACAUCGCUAG